AUGCUGGGAAUUUUCUUCGUGGUUUAUCUUUUGGUGAUAGUUGCACUAUACCCGCUGCAUGCCUCGGGCUUGGUACUGUUCAACGGCCCGUUUGGAUUCAUCUCUGGUCUGGUAAUGGUGAUCCAAGAAUCGUAUCAGAUCGUCAAUUUCCUCAUAAGGGCUUUUAUUUUGCCGAGGCCUUUGAAGGCUGUAUUUGAGGUCACUUUUAGGGAAAAGUCGCCGUAUGUUGGUGAUUCUUCUGACUUGUUGAUGGUCGGUUAUACAGGAGACACGUUACUGCGCAAAAUCCAAAGAAUCACUCUCAAGAACUUGUGGUUACCGAUCUGGAUUGGUUCGACCAUUUUCUUGUUUCUGUUGAACUUUAUUCCCGUCGCUGGAGUUUUUCUGGUGAUUUUGCUCAAAUCUCCCACCAGAGGCUACAACUCUUUGAAGGCCUACUACGAGAUGAAAGGUUUAAACCCAGCACAGGUUGACUACAUGAUUUCCCUACAAAAAGGCGAUCUAUUGACUUUCGGGUUUGUUUGUACAUGUUUGGAAACAGUCCCGUUUCUGAGCUUACUGUUUGUGUUCACAAACGAAACCGCGGCAGCGCUGUGGGCCGCUGAGAUUGAGCUGAAAUUUGAACGGAGGCGCACGGAGAAGGAGGAGUGA